UGCAAGCACUGCGUUGUACCAUACGCAAUCAACAUGUUUAAAGGUGAAUCGUGGACCCAUACUGCAUUUAUGCACAACGAAGCCAUGAAAAGUAACGCCAAAUUCUUCUGCUACGACGUGGUAUGCCAAUACUGGAAAUGGAUGAAAACAAAAGUGGCUCGUCAUUUUCCUGAAUACCGUAAUCUAACAAGUGAAAUGACAGGAAUCUUGCCUAUCAUGCAUAAGAAUGCACAUCAAUUGCCAUGCAAGAUUUUAUGGAAUCCCCGCUGGACAACUGGAAUGGGCUUAACUGGAGGAGAAGAGCACGAGCAAGUUUUCUCCAAAUUGUAUCUAUAUGCUUAUGUGCUAAAGCAUAUGGCCAAACAUAACAGAAACGAUUUUUUAACAUUAGCUAUUCUUUAUUGGAACUGGGGUAAAAUUGAAAAUAUGCAUUUCCUUCUACGCAAAAAGCUAGAAAAAGCAAGAAAGGAAAUCAAACAAGGCACUCCAAAACUCGAGAAAUUGUUGGAAACCCAUAACCUCGUAUAUAAUGAUCUUCCACUGAUUCACAAGGAGCUGGAGACAAAAGCUAAGGCAAUUCUUGACCAAAGAAAAACCAAAAAGACUACAGUUGAUACACUGAGAAGAAUGCUGGAGGGCUUACAUGCUCAUUUAAAGACUACUUCCAUUUCUAUCUCUAAAGAAGCAGAAAAUUCGAGGAGUCGCACUAAAUUAAGGCGGGUUUUGACGGAAACUAAACGAAAGGCUUUGGAAACGAUUGAAUUAAUUAAUUCUAAGGAUACAACGCUUCCAAUUUCUUACGAGGAUUUCAAUGAAGGUGUCUUUCCUUGGGAAACAGUUCUGGAUCGGGAUGACACGCACUUUCCCACACUUUCCCUUGCCGACAAAUAUAAUAUUGUUGAUUGUUGGAUGCUAUUGAAAAGAGCAAGGGAGGAAAUUACAUUGAGUAAGAAUGAAAUGAUAAACUACAUGCGAUUCCUCAUUGAUAAACGGUCAUCACUACAACAACCAAGUCAAAAACAUACCGGAGAAGACGAGAAAUUUGCGAAAGGGAAAUCCGUCAUGAAAGUUUCUGAAGUUCAUCAUCUUAAUUUAAAAAUUCAAAUGGCUCUAACAACAUUUAAUUUAAAGUGCAACCAGGAUUUUUCAGAUUUCGUAUGUGAAACACAAACAAAUCAUUCUGAACCAGAAUUUGAGUUUGACACAUCUGAUGAAGACAAUUACGAUUCUCUCUCAGAAUCCGAAUAUUCUGAUGAAGAAACAGAAAGCUCAUCUAGCUAUUCGGAAGAUGAUGAAUCUGCAAUAUAAUUUAGAAUACAAAUUGCAUAAUUCUUACUAAAAGUUAUGAAAAAUAAAUGUUUGACUCUUUUAAAGCAAUAUUGUAUUUAAUAAAAGUAAGAGAACCUUUUCUCUGAUCCGUCCCGUUGCAAAAUUAAAAU